AAGUGCCAGAAAUCUUCGUUUUCUAUUUCAUACGCACCCAGGUGUAGUGCUUGGGCUAUUUUGAUGCCCGCCAUCAAACCUUAGGUUCAUCCAACUCACUAAGGGUGUGAUCCCCUUAGUGAUCUUCCGCGGCAGCCUCGUUGCAAGCGCAUUCUAUUUCCAAUGGAGCCUCGGAGGUUAAUUCUCUAUGGGCCUGGUUUUGUUCUCCUCCUUUUUCUUUAAGCCUAGAUAAUAGUUUGUUGAAUGUUAAAUUAAUUAUUUGUAACAAAAACAUAUUCGAAUUUUUUUGUUUACUUGGCAACAACGUGACAAAAUUUUAGCCUCGUUUGAACUCUGUUCAUAGAUAACCUUUGUUUUGUUUACGUACCUGUAGUCAAAUUAUGAAUUCUUAAUUGAAAAGAAAAUGUUCAUUAAAGUGUUUAUUAUUUUACUAAUUUAUAUAAUCUGAUAAGAUAUACGGCUAGUAUAUAGCAAAUGAAUAUGAAUAUCAAGACAUUUGUAAAUAUUUUAUGCACAUAUAUUUAAGUACAUAAAGAGUGAGUCACUAUGAAUGAACAGACUAAAAAAAAGGAAGAACAAGUACAACCUGAUGGAGGAUAUGGUUGGGUUAUUAUUUUUGCCAUAAUUUUACUUAAUGCUAGUCUAUCAACUCUAGUUUCAUGUUUCGGUAUUAUAUUUGGAGCAGAUUUGAAAUCUAUGGGGAUUAGUGCUGCUCAAAUUUCUCUUUUAUUACAUUUACAAAGUUCUCUCUACUGUAUAGUAGGUUUUUUUGGAAGCCCUUUAUUAAAAAAAUAUCAAUUUCGCACAAUAGCGUUUAUUGGUGCCGCCGUUUGGUGCUCAGGUAUAUUUUUUACAACUUUUGCUGCCACAUAUACUUUAUUGGUAUUUACAAUUUCUUUUAUCACAGGUAUCGGUCAAGGUAUUUUAAUGCCAGCGACGUACUUAGCAACAAAUACAUAUUUCAAAAAAAGACUUACUUUAGCAGUCAGUAUAUCAACGACAGGUGCUACUCUAUUUUCAGUGAUUUCUCCGAAAAUAUGUGAUAUUUUAGUGACUAAAGUAGGAAGAAAAAACACUGUUUUGAUUUUAUUUUUCAUAUCACUUUUAUCAUUUAUCGGUUGUUUGUUGUUAAAACCACUACCAAAGAAGGAAGUCCAACGGGACGAGUUGGUUACUUUAAAUAAUACCAAACAGACAAACGUUGAAAAUAACACAAGUAAAAUCUACAAAGAAACUACUCGACCUAUCAAAAAAGAUACAAUUACAUCGAAAUUAAUUAGUAUAUUCGAUUUGACGUUACUUAAACAACCGUCAUAUACUGUGGCUAUCAUUUGUUUGGGAGUAUCGUUUGCCGCUGAGCUCAAUAUGGUUCUGAUGAUGCAAGUCGUCCUUCCGGAACUUUCUAAUUUUAAAAGUAACGAAGUGGCCAAUGUUACUUCCGUACAAUUCGGUUUCGAUAUAAUUGGAAGAUUGAUUAUUCCGAUGGUGUGUCAUUAUUUUAAAGCUAAUCCGAAAUGGGUGUACGUUAGUGCCCUAUUAACCGCUACUGUCGCUAGAACAUUAUUGACGUUGUAUACACAAUCGUAUAUCAUAGUAUACAUCGCCUGUAGCAUCAUUGGUGCAACCAAAGGGAUGAGGGCUGUAUAUCAAUCUGUUAUCAUACCAAAGCUAGUUCCUUUGGAUAAAUUUGUAGCCGCCAAUGGCUUUCAAAUGUUUUUCACUGGAGCAAUCUCGUUAGUUAUCGGUCCAAUUAUAGGUGUCAUACAUGAUGCCUUCAGUUCAUACAAACCUGCGUUACAUGCAUCAUCGAUACUGUCGUGUUUUUGUGUUAUUUUAUGGAUUUUUGAAACUUGUUUUACAAGAAAAAUUUCUAUUAAUAAUCAUGUUUGUUGAAUUUUUAAUAUAAAUAAAUAAUUAUUUUAUUA